AGAAGAAGGAGAAGGAGAAGAAACUCCAAUUUUCAGUCACUGGGGACCCCCCCAAAUAAUUGAAAUUUUUCGGGAGCCCCAUGUUCCUCUUGGCAUCAGUAUUGUUGGUGGACAUACAGUUAUAAAACGCCUGAAGAAUGGAGAAGAGCUUAAAGGAAUAUUUAUCAAGCAGGUUUUGGAAGAGAGCCCAGCAGGAAAAACAAAGGCUCUCAAAACAGGAGACAAAAUACUUGAAGUAUCUGGAACAGACCUACAAAAUGCUACUCAUGAAGAAGCUGUGGAAGCUAUCAAACAUGCAGGCAACCCCAUUAUUUUUGUGGUGCAAAGCCUCUCAACUCUUCCAAUGAUAGUUUCAGUAAUAAACCCCAAGAAAAAGAAAGACGACAAGGAUCAGGACACAGAAGAAACUGAAAAGAAAAGUGGAAUUCCACCACCCAUGAAAUUGCCACCACCUUACAAAGGAGCAAGAAAGUCCAGCUCGGAUGAGCCAGAAGAGGAAGAGGACGAAGAGGAAGAAAAUGCUUUUACAGAGGAGAAAAUCAGACAAAGAUAUGCAGAACUUCCUGGAGAAUUGCACAUUAUUGAACUUGAAAAAGAUAAGAAUGGACUUGGACUCAGCCUUGCAGGCAACAAAGAUAGGUCCCUCAUGAGCAUUUUUGUUGUGGGGAUUAGUCCAGAUGGUCCUGCAGGAAAAGAUGGAAGAAUGCAUAUUGGAGAUGAACUUUUAGAGAUAAAUAACCAGAUAUUAUAUGGGAGAAGUCACCAGAAUGCUUCUGCAAUAAUUAAGACGGCACCAUCAAAGGUCAAACUGGUAUUUAUACGCAAUGAGGAUGCAUUUAACCAGAUGGCUGUAGCUCCUUUUCCAUUACCCUCUUGCACUCAGUCUUCCAAUGAGGAUAUCAGCAGCAAAGCUGAAAAACAGGUGAUUGAAGACCAAGUUAAGGCAGACCAGCCACCAGAAAAUCUUCGAAACCAGUUAACGCAAACCAAGUUUUCCACAGUGAACCCCAUCCCCAUCAAUUUACAUGAGAUUUCUUUGGCCCCUGAAUCAUCUUAUCCUCCAGAGACAGAAUUCAGCAACCAAAAUAACUUUCCACCUCCUCCAGUCGACCCAGCAAUGUGCCCAAUCGUUCCUGGCCAAGAAAUGACUAUUGAAAUAUCCAAAGGACGAUCAGGUCUGGGACUCAGUAUUGUAGGAGGAAAGGAUACACCACUUGAUGCCAUAGUCAUACAUGAAGUUUAUGAAGAAGGAGCAGCUGCUAGAGAUGGUCGACUUUGGGCUGGUGAUCAAAUUCUGGAAGUUAAUGGCAUGGACUUGAGAAAUGCCAGCCAUGAAGAUGCUAUCACUGCCUUGAGGCAAACACCUCCAAAAGUGCGGCUUGUUGUCUAUAGAGAUGAAGCUCAUUAUAAAGAUGAAGAAAAUUUGGAGGUUUUCCUUGUAGACCUACAGCGGAAAAUGGGCAGAGGAUUGGGACUUAGCAUUGUAGGGAAAAGAAAUGGAAGUGGCGUGUUUAUCUCUGACAUUGUCAAAGGAGGAGCUGCUGACCUUGAUGGGCGACUAAUUCAAGGAGAUCAGAUAUUAUCUGUCAAUGGUGAGGAUGUCAGACAUGCUUCUCAAGAGGUGGUAGCCACCAUUCUUAAGUGUGCCCAAGGACUUGUGCAACUGGAGAUUGGACGGCUGAGGGCAGGAUCUUCGUUAUCCUCAAGAAAGACAUCUCAAAACAGUCAGAUGAGCCAACAUAAUGUCCCUAGCCACUUUCAUCCUACAUUUGCUCCGGUUAUCUCCACGUUGCAGAAUUUAGUCAGCGCUAAGAGAUCAUCUGCUGAUCCUUCUCAGAGAAAUUCAGUUGGAGCAGACGUAAGCCCAAGAACUGUGGAAAUAACAAGGGGCCUGAACGAUGCUCUUGGUAUCAGUAUUGCAGGUGGCAAGGGAAGUCCCUUGGCAGAUAUUCCGAUCUUCAUUGCUAUGAUUCAAGCCAAUGGAGUGGCAGCACGCACACAUAAACUACGUGUUGGUGAUAGGAUUGUCAGUAUUAAUGGGCAGCCUUUGGAUGGUCUGUCUCAUGCUGAGGUAGUAAAUCUGCUGAAGAAUGCCUAUGGGACCAUCAUCCUGCAGGUAGUGGCUGAUACCAACAUCAGUGCCAUUGCCAGCCAGAUAGAGAAUAUGACUUCCAGCACUAACUUUACUCCACCCACCGAGCAUCAUUCUGAAUACGCAGAACCACCUCAACCUAAAAUCAUUGUGUUGGAGAAAGGGUCGGAUGGAUUGGGCUUUAGCAUUGUAGGAGGCUUUGGAAGCCCACAAGGAGACCUGCCUAUAUAUGUCAAGACCAUUUUUGGCAAGGGAGCAGCUGCAGAUGAUGGCAGACUGAAGCGUGGUGAUCAGAUUUUAGCUGUUAAUGGACAGUCUCUGGAAGGUGUGACUCAUGAGCAAGCCGUAACUAUUCUGAAGCACCAAAAGGGGGAAGUGACAUUAACAGUCUUGCCAUGAGCUUUGCUGCAAAGGCAGUUUGGGCUGGAUGCAAUUAUUUCUGAGCAUUGCUAGAGCUGCUAUAAAAUGAUCUACAAUCCUUGUCAGAUGGCAACCCAACUCCAGCUAAAAUUAGCACAUAUUAUUAAGAAUGUUGCUAUGCAGCUACGACCAUUGUAGUGGUCCAUUAUGUCUUGUCAUUGAAGCUAUUUGUGAAAGCCUUAAUCCUACAUCUCAUCCCUACCGGGUUCUCUUGAAUGGGCUUUUGAUUCCUUCCUUUGUCCAUAAUCAUUAUCUCUUAGUAGGAAAUACAAUCAGGAAACUAAAAUUAGCAUUUAUACAAGAAAGAAUGUGGCCGUUUGUUUGUUCCCUUCUAAUGAACAGAUAGAAAUACUGAUUGACUUUUUAUCUCGUUCAUGGUUUGAUUGUCAAAUUUUUUAGCCGUGCCAGAAAACAUUAAAACAUAAUUCAAUUACAGCUUUUUUGAAUAAUGACACCAAAUUCUCCAUUGGGAAAUUAAUUGCAUAUGGAUUUCUAAUGAUGAAGUGCCAGUCGUCAUGUCUAAUCUCUCUGGUUAAAUAUAUGUAAGUUAGUUAUAACCAUGGCAAGUAAAUUUUAAACUUGUCCUUAUUCAUUUUUUGAUUUUAGAAAAUCCUUGAUAGAUUGGCAAGAAUCUUUAGAAGUUCCUAUCUCUGGACAGCUAGUUAAAUAGUGGAAAUAAUUUGUACUGUGUAAAGCAGGGGUGGGGAACGAUGGUCUCUUUAUGGUUUGUGGACUUCAAGUCCCAGAAUUCCUGAGCCAAUUCUGGGAAUUGAAGUUCACAUGUCAUAAAGGGUCCAUGGUUACCAACCUCUGAUGUAAAGCGUAACUCCAGUGAAAUGAAUGAAAGUGAGCCUUAAUUUGGAAUUAAGGCUACUUAUUAUUUAUAAUGAUAAUAUUAUAGCGAAUUGUAAACAUGAUCUACCAUGAUCAAAUUCUGACAUUUAUGUCUCACCAUUAAAUAAAAUAGCAAUUUUCUAUUUAAAAUUCUGCAGCUUCUGUAAAAUAUGUAUACUGUUAUGAUGUAAUUAGAAUGCAAUAAGAUCAUCUUGUUUUAAAAAAAAGUAUGUCUCUUAACUAUGCCAAGAUGAAUAAGUAGUGGUGAAAAAAGAAGUGGCAUGUCUUGUUAAGAAUGUCUAUGUUUUCAUGUUCUGUCUUUGGAUCUAGAGAAUCACAAAGUGCAUUAAGCUAUUGGAAUAUAGCAAUAGCUAUGCAUAUUCCAUGAAUAGUGCCUGAAAGCUGAUUAAACUGAUUUUAAAGGGUUUCUACUCAAUGUCCAAAUUAAUGAUAUUUAUAUGAAAUGCAAGUGAAAAGGGCCACGAUGAAAACUCACUAAUUCUUUUUAAGACUUGAGGGCAUUUGAUAUUGUCAGGUUAUGCUUAGAUUUACACUGGAUAUUCAUGCAUGAUUUACACAUGGAUAUUCUUGAAGGUAUGAAAGAUGUUAAUUUGUUUAAGAAUUGUAAUCCAAAUCCAAUGAUUGGUCAAGAAUGUAUAUUUUAAAUGGAUAUAAUCAUUCUUUUAACUGUGAUGCCAACAGUGGAGCUUCUUUUCACAGAUUUCUGAUGAAGGGGAUGUUGGGCUUAUGUGCUAAAAUAAUGUGCAUGUUUUCUAGCUCAGAUGGGAGAUCACCUCAUUGCUGCUUAUAAUUUACACUUUUUAUGUGUUUCAUAUAGCGCUGUCAGAAAAACCCAAUAUACCAAAAAAAAACCAACCCCAAACAAACCGCAUUGCAACCUGCAGAUAAAUUGUUGAUGAAGUGGGGAAGUCAGUGCUAUAUGUAAACAUUCAAAAGCACAAUCUGGUUGGAGGUUUUCCAUCUGUCACAUCCUUAAGAGAUAAAUGGGAAUUACUUAAGUGUGUAUAGUAAACUGCCCAGUUGAUUGUGCCUCAGUUGUUUAAGCAGAAAUCUUUGUCUUUCGGAGAUUUUAUGGGUUUUAGAUUUUGAUAAUGCUGCUAAUUUCUACGAGGGGCGGUGAUACCUACUGUAUGUUUGUGUAUAAAAUAAAAUGUUUUAUGAAUUCCAAAGAUUCUUAAUAAAGUUCACUUGCAUAAAGAAUGGUGGCAUGGUGGGAAGGAAUUAACACUGCACCCAUUCACAAAAACAUAACUAUGAUAUUACAGAUUAUUUUGGUCUUUGCCAACAAAUAAACUUUUAAUAUGACUAUGGAGAAAGGCUUAAAAAUCCAAGCAUGGCACAACUUUUGUAUCACUCAGACUUAAGCAAAAAAAAAAAAAGCAUGGGAAACUUGCUGAUUCUAUCCAAUUAUUAAUGCAAAGACUAAGCCAUUUAGUGAUAUUGUCCAGACACGUUUUAGAACAGAAGAAUGUACAUCCUGGGAAAUAGUCUAUCCCAUCAUAUUUGACCCUAAAAUAUAAUACAGGACUAAAAGUUAAAAAUGACAGCCAAUUGCAAAAAUGGGGAAAACAAGUCAAUAUUGUGAGUGAUUAAAAAUUUGCGGAGGAUAAUCAUAAAUAUUAUUUAUUAGGAAUAGUGGGCAGUGCUAAUAUAUUAAUAUAUAGGCAAUAUUUUCCUGAGGUCUAUUUUAAAGAACUGAGAGGGUAUUUCUUCUUCUUUUUAUGUUGGGAACAUAAAGUUUGAAUCAACUUAUAAAGUUGUAUUUGACUAUUUGUGUGUAGGUGUUAUAUCACACUAAAGUUGGCAUCAGUUCAGUGCACCUCUCCUUAUUGCUUUUUUUUUUCAGAGUAAUACAUUUAAAAUAGGUAAGAAUGAAAGACUUAGAUCUAGCUCUGAAUCAUUUUCCCUUAAAUUCAAAAUGGUUCUAAACAACAAGGCUGGACCUCAUGCCUGCUGUAUUAUUGGCUAACGUGAUUGUCAAAUCUUGGCUACAGAAAUUCUUUUUUUAAGCGUAUCAUUAUUCAUGGGCUGGGCUGAAGCAAAAUCAUAGCUGUUUCUUUUUAAUUAUGUUCAAUUAUGUAGCUGUUUCAGGUACCCUUUUACCAAAAGUUUAAAAAAAAUCUUAGAAAAUAUGUUCCUUCAUUUUGUGCACCCUCUUAGUAUGUGAACGAUUACAUGAUAAUUAAAUCUAUCAAUACUGUGAGCUGCUAUGCAAAAGGCAGACUAUAAAUCCAACAAAAUAAAUGCGAAAUAAAAUAAAA